UUCAAAUGUCUUGGACCGUUGAACAUUUAGUCAAUGUAAAUAUAUGGGAUUAUCGAAUGACAGGUUUAGGAAAAUGCUAAGUCCGGUAAUUUAGGAAAAGAUAACAUAAAAAUCAGUAUAGUCGGUUUAAGAGGAGUUACAUACAAUUUGGUCUGUAAAAACAAUAUUUUUAAAGCAGUAGGCUAUUGAAUUCGUCAAGCAGCAUCAUGAAUAGGCUACGAUUGAUUGUAUAUGGUUCAAAAUAUAAUAAUUGAGCAGAUCCAGCUAGAAUUUAGUGUGUUAAAUGUAAACACAGACAAAUUUCGUCCUGUAAUGCAGCAGUGUUAAACAUAAUCUUUACCGAUAGGUUUUUUUUUUUACAUUUCUUCUGAUUUAAUGAGCCUGAUUCGUCCAUUUAACUCCAAAUCCCAUAAAACACCGGGGUCUUCUGCAAUUAUUGUGUGUGUGUUUGUCAGUUUUUGUGUGCGCGCGCGAGUGUGUGUGUUUGGGCAGGGCUGCAGUGAAGCGCGGCUGAUGUGCGCGAUUCCCUCAUAGAUGCGCGUGAACGUGAAACCGUCUUUUACCACAGGAAAUCGGUAAGGAUUUUAUUUAUUCCAUACGAGUUCAUGACGGAUCCGGCGUUGUCUUUUAUUAAUUCGUGGAGACGGCAGAGAUUUUCACCGGCACGGACAUUAUGCGCUCGGUAACCGGGAGCUGAUGCUGACAUUUAAACCAUCCGCCAUCCUCUGACAGUCAAUUAAUCGGUGAACACUGCGCCCAUUUCUGUUCAUUCGUUCUGCAGAAGACGUCGAGAUGUCUAUGAAAUCAAAGAACGGCGAGGCGGUGAAGGUGGUGGUUCGGUGUCGCCCGCUGAACCGCAAAGAAGAAUCGUCGGGUUAUGAGAACAUUGUAGAGAUGGAUGUGAAACUGGGCCAGGUUGCCCUGCGGAACCCAAAGGCGGCUCCGGGAGAUCUGCUCAAAACCUUUACGUUUGAUGCCGUUUACGAUGCGUGCUCCAAACAGAGCGACCUGUACGAUGAAACGGUCCGGCCGCUCAUCGACUCGGUUUUACGCGGGUUUAACGGCACCAUUUUCGCGUACGGACAAACCGGCACCGGAAAGACAUACACAAUGCAGGGCCAGUGGCUGGACGGUGAGCGCCGCGGCGUCAUCCCCAACUCGUUCGAGCAAAUCUUUACGCACAUCUCGCGCUCCCAGAACCAGCAGUACCUCGUCCGUGCCUCGUAUUUGGAGAUCUACCAGGAGGAGAUAAGAGACCUGCUCACCAAAGAUCACAGCAGAAAGCUGGAGCUAAAGGAGAGUGCAGACUCAGGGGUCUACAUCAAAGAUCUGUCCUCCUUCGUGACCAAGAACGUGAAGGAGAUCGAGCACGUGAUGAACGUGGGCAACCAGACCAGAUCCGUGGGCUCCACCAACAUGAACGAGCACAGCUCCAGAUCACAUGCCAUCUUUAUCAUUACGGUGGAGUGCAGCCAGCUCGGUCCAGAUGGCCAGAACCAUAUCCGGGUGGGCAAGCUCAACCUGGUGGACCUGGCUGGCAGCGAGAGGCAAACCAAGACAGGUGUCCAAGGAGAACGUUUGAAGGAGGCCACCAAGAUAAACUUGUCCCUCUCUGCUCUGGGAAACGUAAUUUCUGCCCUGGUAGAUGGUCGAAGUUCUCACGUACCCUACCGUGACUCCAAACUCACGCGGUUGCUUCAGGAUUCGCUGGGAGGGAACGCGAAAACCAUCAUGGUGGCCACUCUGGGGCCGGCAUCCUACAAUUACGAGGAGACCCUUACCACCCUGCGCUAUGCCAACCGGGCCAAGAACAUCAAGAAUAAGCCACGUGUCAACGAAGACCCCAAAGACGCCCUUCUGAGAGAGUUCCAGGAGGAGAUCGCCCGGCUAAAAGCGCAGCUGGAUAAGCGUGGCAUGCUCACCAGGAGGAAGAGGAGGAGUAGCAGACUGAGGAAGAUUGGAGAAGGGGAUGAAGAAGAGGUAGAUGAGGAUGAGGAUGAAGAGAGCGAGGAUGAUGAAGAAAGUGUGGAGAAGGAGGCACAAGAGUACAUGAAGGAGCAGCAGGAGACGCUGGAGAGAGAGAAGGAGGCCAUCAGAGAUGACCAUUCUUUGGUGGCAGAGGAGAAACAGAGACUCUUGGAGGAGAAAGAGAGGAUGAUGAGACACUUGAAGAAGGAGCAGGAGGCCACCGAGCUCCUCACCGCCAAGUUUAAGGCGAUGGAGAGCAAGCUGCUGGUUGGUGGGAAGAACAUUAUUGAUCACACCAAUGAGCAACAGAAGAUGCUUGAGUUGAAACGGCAUGAGAUUGCCGAACAGACACGCAGGGAAAGAGAAAUGCAACAACAGAUGUUGGUUCAGGAUGAAGAAACAGUGGAACUCAGAGAAACGUUCUCAUCGCUACAACAAGAAGUGGAGGCAAAAACAAAGAAACUUAAAAAGUUGUAUGCAAAGCUUCAGUCUCUGAAGGCAGAUAUUAAGGAUGUAAAUGACGAACAUGUACGAAGUCGACAGGAGCUAGAACAAACUCAAAAUGAACUGACAAGAGAGCUCAAGUUCAAGUAUCUGAUCAUAGAGAACUUCAUCCCUCCUGAAGAAAAGAAUAAAAUCAUGAACAGACUUCAGUUUGAUGCCGAGGAAGAUCAAUGGAAGUUUCAGCCUCUCGUCCCAUCAGAGAAUAAAUUCACGCAGAAAAGAAGACCCACUUCCGCUGUGGGAUACAAGCGACCAAUCAGCCAGUAUGCCAGGGUUGCCAUAGCGAUGGGAGCUCAUUCCAGAUACAGGGCUGAGAAUAUAAUGGUUCUGGAGCUGGACAUGACUCCUCCUGUUGUGUUUCAACUACACUCCCCAAAGUCUGGAUCAGAGGUGCCCCACGACCCUCUAUGGGACAACUCCCCUUACAGAGAGAAAUCAGCAACCGGACGGGUUCGAAAAUCUCAAUCGUGGUGUCAGUCUCCACAAGUCAUGUCCUCCUCAAGCUCCACCCUCUCGCUGGCUUCCUCAGGGUCCCACAGUCUGCCACACCCACAAAACAUCACCAUGGCAACAGCUUAUGAAUGAAACAGGAAUCGCCUCCUAAAACAACUGUUAUAUAAGACGGGGUAAGACAAACCCCUCCAUCACCAUGAAACAAUGACUCUGAUGAAAAACCGGAGCAAUCGAACCUUCAACCAAUCCUCAGAUGAUCCAUAAUAAACCAGCCCACUUUUCUGCAGUCAGUUUGAUGCAAUUUUUUACUCUCAUCAGGACCAAUAAAACAAUUAAUAUAUAAAUAA